UGUUGCGUUCCUGGCUGUUGGUGCCAAUUAUGCUCGUCUGGUCUCGCGAUGUCCUUUCAGUAGCAGCAAACCCGUAACCCAGAAUUGUGUGCACGGAUCAGACAACUGCAGCAGCCCUAAAGUCUGUAGCACAGCUCCUAGACUAGCAGCAGCCAGGAGCAGAAACAGUGGCGCAAGGGGCAUUGCAGAGAGGAUCCGCCACCCCGUCUGUUGGGGGUACUGUUUUCUGCUAUUGCUGGGGUCCUUUCAGUGGCAGUUCCACCUGACUUUUGGUUGUAUUUUCCUGGAUUAUUGUUUGACUGAGGACUCGGCUCUUUCACCCGCCGCCCCCGUAGCUCUUUGCGUGCAGAUGCAUUAUAGAAAGUUGUUUUGUAAAAAGUCUUUUAAUGAAGAGAGAGGCUCCCGGAAUGCCGUUGAAUAAUGGUUAUGAAACUAGGUUUUAUUUGCCUUUUUUUCUGUUAAGGAUGGCGUGGAUUUGUGAAUGUGAAGGGUCUUGAAGUUUUUUGCCUUCCAUCUUUUACGUGCAUUGGUGCAACUCAGGACAACUUGCGAGAGGUAAUGACCCUAUUCAUAGUGUGAAGAAAGAGAGAAAAUCAAGUUUUACCAGAGGGAUUCUGUACCAAUGUGGAGACCAUAUGAACCUCUGAUUGGACCACACCAUUUCCUGUUGUAUGAAGGAGGGUGCUUUGCCCUUGGGGAACAACUUCUGUAGGCUGACAUGUCAAUGAUGAGAUCCGACUUGGGCACCAUGAAGAUCCUUCACUUGAAGAAGAGAGGCUGUUUUCUGCUGAAGCUUUUGUGUCUGGUUGUCUUGAUGUUAAUCUUUUGUGAAUUCUUAGUUUAUUAUGUGGUGAUAUUUCAGUGUCAUUGGCCAGAAGUUAAAAUAGAAGCUCUCAGGAGUAGCAGACAGUCUUCAGCUUCUGUCUUGAAGGCCAUGUUUUUAUCUGAUACCCACCUACUUGGUGAAAUCAAAGGGCAUUGGCUAGACAAAUUAAGAAGGGAAUGGCAAAUGGAGAGAGCCUUCCAAACUGCCUUGUCGUUACUGGAGCCAGAUAUUGUUUUCAUCCUAGGAGACGUCUUUGAUGAAGGAAAGUGGAGCUCCUCCCAGGCCUGGGCAGAUGAUGUCAGGCGGUUUCAGAAAAUGUUCCGACAUCCAGUUCGCACUGAGCUAAUGGUGGUUGUUGGCAACCAUGACAUUGGUUUUCACUAUGAAAUGACUACUUACAAGUUAAAACGGUUUGCAAAAGUUUUCAACUUCACCUCAGGAAAGCUAAUAACCCGGAAGGGGGUAAACUUUGUCAUGGUGAACAGUGUUGCCCUGGAAGGUGAUGGGUGCACUAUCUGCAGCAGGGCAGAGGCAAAGCUCAUGAAGCUUUCUCAUAAACUGAAUUGCUCCCAACAGCAGGAACAGAAUCAUUCCAACAAAAGAUGCAGCGGUGUGGAACAGCUUCCAGCUUCAGAACCAAUCCUUUUACAGCAUUACCCUCUUUACAGAAAAAGUGACGCUGAAUGUACCGGAGAAGAUUCUGCUCUUCCAGAGGAAAAGAACACCCCAUUUAAAGAAAAGUAUGAUGUCCUUUCUAGAGAGGCUUCACAAAAGCUGUUAUGGUGGUUUCAUCCCCGUUUGAUUCUGAGCGGCCAUACCCACAGUGCAUGUGAAGUGUUGCAUAAUGGGAAGAUUCCAGAAAUCAGUGUCCCAUCAUUUAGCUGGAGGAACAGAAACAACCCUAGUUUCAUCAUGGGCAGCAUAACACCAACCGACUUCUCCCUCUACAAGUGUUUCCUUCCACUUGAGAGCAGAGUUACUACUAUAUACUGUAUAGCAGGGGCUCUACUUGGGGUACUGAUACUAGCUCAUCUUCAACUUUUCAAUCCACCUUUUUAUUUUGCUCAGCACUUAAUCAGGAAGCAUAAAGCAGUAUGAAGAGCCAGACAUCUGCAUUCAGUUACUGAAAUACCAAAGCUGAGAACAGUCAAACAUCAGACUAUAUUCAUGCCAGCAAAUGACCUAAUUGGAUUGUUAAUCCGAAGGCAGGUCGCAUUUACACAUACCAUAGAAAUCCUACACAGUUGAUAUGACUACUACAGGAUAAAUAAUUAACUGAAAUGAACUGUUUUCAUGCUGUACAAAAAUACAGUAUUCUACAAUCAAAUGAGUCCAUUUCCUUGCUAUAAUUUUUUGUAUCAAAUAUGUAUACUAAAAGUUUGUAACUGUACAUUAUGUAAAUCCUACAGCCUCUGCACUAGUAUUUCCUACCCGGGAGGAGGCAUAGUCUUUCAAGCUGGAACCAUCACUGUAUGUUUUAUUGCUACGUGCCCUUCUAAUGUGAUACUUCUGUUUUUUAAUGUCAGCAGGAGAUAGAUACAUCAGUGGAUUUCCUUAGCAUUCCUAAGCUGUCACACACAGGGAGAAAAUCAGGAGAAAUCCCUGCUGUGUUAAUAGUUUUGGACUGUAAUCCCCCGUCUUUCCACCCCUCCAGGGUCUACUUCAGCCCUUCCAAAAAUUUGGGGUGGAAUCUCUCAAGCUGCUCUUUUU